CGAUUGUCAACAAAAAGCGAGAGCUUCAAGGUGGGCCAGCCAUGAGCAGGAAGAAGCAGCAAGCAAACGGGUUCGCCCUGUUUAUGCGUGACAUGCAGACGGACCUCCGCGAGCAAGGACGCUCCGUUCCAAUGCGGGACAUGCCCGUGCUAGCUGGACCGAAAUGGGCCAAGCUCCCCGCGAUGGAGAAGGCAAUGUACAACGCGCGGGCCAAAGCGGAGAAGAGGGGAGGGGUCGGAUCCGAGGUCAUGUACGUAUCGCCUCGACAAGGCGUCAUGGACUGCACCGGAGAACUUCUGUCCGAGAGACGAGACUUGGCAGUGGAACUGGAAGAACGGCGACACAGAGAGAGAGCCAUGAUAAAGGCCUCCCUCACUUCCGGCAGUGCCGUAAUGCUGACCAACUUCUUCUUGAUCGACAUUCAGUCGCUCUGCGAAAUAAGCGACAAACCCCACGCCAGAUACCAGCCGUGCGAGAUAGCUCUCGUGGAUUUCACCCUCCAUUCUGGGAUAUGUCGCACCUUCCACAGAUUCAUCGCCCCUGGGCCCCUCCCACUGGGGUACAGGUACGAGGCUCAGCGGUGCAGUGAGGCGACGCACGAGAUCCCGAUAUCAGGUUUCGACCAGGCAAUGGACGACUACCGCCAGCUGGUGUGGGAGGUGGAGAGCUUCAUUAGUCCCGAGGGUAGCAGGGACAUCCCCGCUCUCUUUGCUAGUCGUGACAAUGCCCUGAGAGUGGAGUGGUGUCUGGAGUGGCUGGCCAGUAAAGCGGGAAUCAGAAACCGGUUGGACCGGGUGUACGAGGUGGAGGCCCUCCUCUGCGAGCUGUCCAGUCACACAGACGGCAGAGGACCCACCAUCCACCAGGCAAAGGAUUUCCUCGGCACAACUGUAUAUGACCAUUCCAUGGGCACCAGGUGUGAAUGGCAUGAGGAGAGAGAGAACAGGCAUUGUUCCCUGGCAGUGGUCAACAAAUACAGCUACGUCCUGUCCGACACCCUCUGUCCCAAGUACAACAUCUCACUUUCUCUUGGACACCUCCCCCCUCAGUCACUCAACCAGCCAGACUACACAACUUUCACUCCUUCCUCCUUCUCCUCCAAGAGACCUAGCUACUCAGGAUCCAGAGCUACCUCUCCCCCUCCCUCCCCCUUCCCUCCCUCCCCCCUCCCCUCCUCCUCAUCGUCCUCAUCAUCCUCACACUAUCACAUGAAAGGUGUGGCUGGUGUAAGUCAGCAGAUGGAAGGAAUGAGUCUACUGGGAAGGGGGCGUGGUAGGGGGCGUGGCUUCGUCUACAGAGAGCCCAGAAGUGUUGGCCAGAACUAGUUUGUCAUUCAUUGCAUUGCAGAACAAAAUGCUAAUCUCUGAUUUUUCAAUCGAUCUUUUGUUGAAAGAUACUGCACAUGCUUGAUAAAAAAAAAGUACU